AAUACCUGACCACCAUCAGUACACUCUGUCCCUAGCUGCCAUUAAUUCUAUUGGAGAAAAAUAACUUAUCAAGAUGAGAGCAGCUAUCGUUUGUCUAGUGCUUUCUGCAGUCGCCAUUUCAGCUGAUCUUCAAUCUGAUAUUGAAGAUGUUGCCUCUCACUUGCCAAUGAAGAAGAUCGAGUCAAUUGGUAAGCAAUACGUUGCAGCUUAUCCAAAAUAUGCCGAAGGACUCCGGUUUGUGGAAAAAGUCACUUACGAACAACUCGUGAAGAAUUUCCUCCAAACCAAAGACGGACAAGAAUUUAUUGAAUACUUUAAUAGUCGUGGAAUUAACAUUACUAACAUUUGGCUUAACGUGGCUAAGAAAAUAACUGAUUUAAAUCGCAAAUGGUUGGAACCAGUUAUGGAGGAUGAUUUGAAUGGAUCUAUCACCAAUAUCAGUGGAAAUAUUAUGGCAGAUUAUAGGAAAGCUAUUGCUGAAUCUGAUUUUGUCGAGACAGUGCAUAAGAAAUUGGAAACCAGUCCUGAAUUUUCAAAUCUUGUAGCUACUUUCAUGGAUCUCGAAUUCCGGAGUCAUUUUUACCGCGGUGCAAAUUCUAAAGUUCUUAUGGGUUUUGGAAAUAAUGCUGCAAUGCGUGGAUUCUGGGGAACAGCUUUUAAAAUUUUGAAAGCAGCAGUUAAAGCUGCAAUUUCAUUUUUUGGAUAAAGUUGGAAUCAGGAGUCACAAAAAUUUAAAAUGGUGGUUUGAGUGAAUUCGCGCUAAAAUUCGAAGAUUCUGGGAUUCUACUCACACUGAUAACAACAUUCGAUUCGUGCCCGUCAGUCGGUAUAUCUGAAAGUCUUAUAAAAUAUUAAUAACAAAAUUUUAUCUAAGAUACAAAAGGUUUAAGUCAAUGUCUUUCUCCCUUUUCAAGAUACUUAAGUUAAAACCCAACACCGUAAUAUUUUUCUACAUUUCCAGAUCAAGAGACAUUAACUUUGGCUAUUAAAUAGUAGUUUAUUUCCAAUUUUAGACAAAGUAGAUUUGAAACUACUUUUCCUUAAUAAAAAACUCUCUUCUGUCGAAAAAUAA